ACCGCACAAUGUGCGGGGCGAGAUAAAAGUCGGCGGGCUUCCACGCGGACUGGCGGGGUGCUGCUCGGCUCGAGGCGUUCCAGAGUUGCCAGCGAAGGGGUCGUGCGUUGUUCGCGCGACGUUUCCCGGAUUCGUUGUGCUUGGUUCAAGUGUGUCACAGUGCCCCCGGGGAUGUGAUUGUGCGUCGUUAGUCAUCGUUUUUGUGUGUCCCAAGCGAUUUGGUGCGGUGUGGUCAACGCUGUGCCGUGUGUGCGUUUCCACCACCACCACAGUUUUGUCAUCCGUGUGGAUGUUUAAGCAUAGUACAGUACUGGAGUAAUAGUCGUACAGAAAUGCCCCAGAGUGUACGUGUGGAUACUUUGUAAACAAAAGACGUUGAUGUCCAUAUGGAGGUGCUGGUGCCUCUGGAUAUGCAUACGUUAAGCAGAUCUACACAUGGACACAAGAUUACAAGCAAGACGAGGAAGAUGCUGCUGCAGCGCCGGAAAUCGGCACCCGCGCUCAACGACAAGCGCUGCGCUGGCUUCAGCGACGGCGUCCUGUCGCCGAGCUCGCCGCUCCAGUUGGGCCCGUGGAGGCUUGGGGAGGCCGGGACCACGGCCUCGCCUAGCAGCCCUCUCCCCAACAGCGUGAAACCGCGCUGGACGGACCUCCUGGCGCCGGUGCAGCCAGGGGUGGACGGAGUGCAGCUAGUCAGUCACGUGACGCUGCACGUGGGCCUGCAGUCCCAGGAGCGGUGCCUUAUCCUCUUCCCCAGCACCUUGAUCGUCGCAAAAUACAAGUCGGGCGGUGUGAAGCCCAAGACUGCCGUGCGUCUCUGCGAGAUGUGGACGGCCUCCUGCCUGGGCGACGUGUGCGAGGCCACCGUGCCGCCGCUCUGCUCCUUCGUCAUGGGGUGGCCCACCACCAACCACGUCGUCACCUUCAGGUCUGAAGAGGACAGAGACGUAUGGUUCGCCGAGCUCACCAGGAGAAUUGAAGCGGAGAAAGCCAAAGAGGAGCCGAAAUCCAUCCCGCUGAAGAUCCUGGUGCAGGACAUCCCGACGCCGGCUUUUGCUAAGACCCUGUGCGUUGGCAACACGGACACAGCACAGGAGGUGAUCGCCAUGGCUCUCAAGCAGUUCUCGAUCACGGGCCAAUCCAGCGAUUUCAAGCUGUGGGUUUACUCUGGCAAAGAUGGGACUCCUUAUCCACUCAUAGGGCACGAGCAGCCGUACAGCGUGCGCAUGCGGCACGUCCGCGACGCCGUGCAGUGCCUGGGCUCGGACGUCCGCGUGGGCGGCAGCUCCUUCCCCGUGGACGCUCGCUUCCCGGACGAGAGCCUGCCCCCCGACCUCCGCUGCCACUUCGUGCUCCGGGCGACGCAGCGGCGGCCGUCGCAGCCGCCGCCAGCCGCGACCUACGUUCGAGACGAGCCCGUCGACUCGAGUGGCGGCAAGCUGAGGAGGAAGCGGUCGCUGAUGUCGUGGACGCUGCGACGGAGCUCCUCGCGCUCCGACUCGGACGCCCCCCUCUCGCCCCUCUCCCCCGCCGCCCCCUCCGCCGGCGGCGUCUUCGGGGUUCCCUUGUCCCUGCUGUGCCCGGAUGGGGCGCCCCCCAGAUCAAUUAUGGCCUUGCUGUCGGCAAUAUUUCGGGAGGGCCCCUUCACCCGGGGGAUUUUCCGGAAGUCUGCGAACAUGCGGCACUGCCGGACGCUGAGGGAGAGGCUGGCCUCUGGGGAGCACGUGGAUUGGACGCAAGAGACACCGCACGUCGCUGCGGCUGUCUUCACGGACUUCCUGCGCAAUGUGCCCGGGAGUCUCCUCUGCUCGGAGCUGUACCACGGCUGGCUCGAUGGCAUUUCAGAGGAGCACCCUCAGGAGAGACUGCAGAGCGUACGAAGGCUGCUGCGCCGCGUGCCGCCGUGCCACCACCUUCUGCUGCGUGCGCUGCUCUGCGUGCUGCACCACGUCGCGGCGCUGGCGCGGCACAACCACAUGACGGCGGCGAACCUGGCGCGGUGCGUCGCGCCCAGCCUGCUGUGGCCGAGCCGCGGGGGGGAGCAGCAGCAGCAGCGCAGCGACACGCUGCAGGUGGUGGAGCUGGUGGAGUUCCUGAUCUGCCACUGCCAGGAGCUGUUCGGAGAGGACGUGACGACGAUCUUCGGUCCUUUGCCCGAGCCGAGCCAAACGGACACCGACAAUUCCGACUCAUCAGACGCCUCCUCGUCCUUGCGCCAACGCGACUCGUUGUGCGACGGAGCGCCCGCGGGCCUUCACGACGACGGCCGCGGCGACGACGACUCCCAGCUGCUGUCCGAGUGCCUGCGGGCGCUCAGCUUCAGCCGCACGGCGCAGGCCCUCUUCCCCGACAUGCUCUGCCACCUCGGCGUCAACCGGCGGCCAAACGCCGGCGGCUCGCGGCUCGACGCCUCCCCGGUCGGCAGCGACGACGGCGGCGAUGACGGCGCUCGCGGCCGUAGCCACGACAACCCUGACGGCGGCGACAGCCCCGAGAAGAGCGGGCGCCGGCGCGUCGUCGGCAACGACCGCAACGGCAACGUGGAGUACGGCGACGACGACGACGACGUGUUUCGCGCCAACGGCAUUGGGGGUCGUCCCCCGGCGAGCGCGGACACCCCCGCGAGCCGGGCGGCCAGGAGCCGCGUGCCGUUGUCCAGGCCGGCGUCGCUGAGGCUGAACUUCCCCUCCUACGGGCCGGGCUCGUCCUCCAACCUGUCGAUGGGCGGAAUGUCGACGUCCUCGCAGAGCUCGGCGGAGAGCCUCCUCUGCCUCUCGACGUCUCCCGACUCGCCGUCCGCGCCCAAGCUCGCCGACGGCCGGACCCGGGGUCGCGACGCCGCCGCCGUCACCGAGCCGCUGAAGCGCUCGCUGUCCGCCAGCGGCCCCGGGCUCAACCUGUCGUUCGACUCCGCGUCGACGUUCUACCGAACCGAGAAGGCGGCCGCGUGGCCCGUGACGAGCGAAAUGCGGAGGCGGCUGUUGAAGUCGUCGCAGAGCCUGAGCCCGGGGCCGCACGAGCCCACGCAGUCGGCCAUCUUUUACCGGAACCGCUGCACCGCGCCCCCCUCCUCCUCCUGCUCCGUCGAUUCGCUGCACUCCGACCACCCCGCCGCCGACCGCCCCCGCCCAGGAGCGAGCGUCGCCGGAGAGAGACGGCACGCGUGGUCCGCGGGGGCCUUGAACUCUCCCGAGCGGCGGAGGACGCCCGGGCAGGAUGGCUCGAUGCAGGGCGUGGUGGAGUCGCUGCUCAGCCCGCUGGUGAACCGCUCCUGGUUCCGCACGGGCUCUUACACGUUCAAGAGGAUGCCGAGCGGAGACGGGCGGCGGGGCACGGUGGUGCCGCGACGGGGGGAGGAGUCGCCGCUCUUCAGGGGCGACUGCGGGAUCCUGGAGGCCGGAGCGGCCGGUCGCAGCGCCGGGACGCGCCCCCUCCCCUCGCCCUCGGAUUCUCCCCGCAGGGGGGCCGCCCGUGGAUUUGCCCCAGAAGGGUUGUUCUUUAGUGGACAGCGCUCGCCUGACGAGGGCGGUGGUGGCGGUGGUGGCGGUGAUGUCGGUGAUGGUUGCAGUGGUGGCGGUGGUGGCGGUGGUGGCGGCCGUGGCUGCUGUGCUCGGUGUCAGGACGGCGGAUUGCCGGCCUGCCGCGGGUCGCCAGCGUGCGCCGGUUGUGGCCAAACGUGGACGGACGGCCCGGGCGACGGUGCAGUGGAGAGCCACGAUUUGGAACGCAGAGCUUAACCCCCCCGCCGCAGGUGCAUUGAACAUGCGGUGCAUUCCUAGGCGUGUAUACAACACGCGUGCUCUCACACGUGUGUUCUCACACGUGUGUGUGUAUACAUACACACGUGUGUGUGUAUACAUACACACGUGUGUGUGUAUACAUACACACGUGUGUGUGUAUACAUACACACGUGUGUGUGUAUACAUACACACGUGUGUGUGUAUACAUACACACGUGUGUGUGUAUACAUACACACGUGUGUGUGUAUACAUACACACGUGUGUGUGUAUACAUACACACGUGUGUGUGUAUACAUACACACGUGUGUUCUCACACGUGUGUAUGUAUACACACGUGUGUAUGUGUAUACAUACACACGUCCAGUGAAAGGUGAAGGCACAGCCCUGCAGUGUCUUGCUGAGGCCACCGCUGGCUCAAAGGCCUCCGCUUGAGGGAGCUCUGACGAGCCGUCUGGAAGGUAGUUUGGGCUGAUCUAUCGCUCUGACCAGACUUCUCAGUGGGGGCGAGAGUACCCACACUUUACGCCACCUGCGGACCGACUGUGACGUACCUGUUUCAUGCCGCAGAACGACACACGGUGAUGUGUAUGUCUCGCGUGGUUUUUCAAGAGUGACACGGCGCUGGGUGCACGGCUAGCUUGUGCACUCACGCUUGUGCCUUCCAAGCCAAAUCAGAUCGUUGGCGCGCUUGGCAUCGGCGCAUUCCUUAGAGCGCAGUGCUCACGCGAGCGCAAUCUAUUUCGCAGAUGUGUGGCGUCUGCGGUAGUUUAAAAGGGACGGAGCGAUGUUGCUAAGUGACUUUACCAAAUUAGGUAACUUGUGAGGUUUUUUUGUCUCACAAAUCUGGCAAAUGUGGGCUGUGGCACCAGCAUACAUGGUCUACGCGCAUGUACCUCUGAGUGAAAAUCGCUCGCUUGGGGCCAAUGUUCCGCUGUCUUUGCAAGAUCCUAGCCCUUUUAAUUUAACAAUUUGGCGGCAUUGUACAUUUUUGUCAGGAUUUUAUGAACCAUUGUAUUUUCAUUUCAAGCUUAGCCUGAAUCCAGUAUCGUUGUUCUAAGUGUUUGUAAUUAUUUUUCUUUAUAAAAAAAAAAGAGCAAAUAUCUUCACAACGUCGUGCGAGACUCGAGCAUCGCACCUCCUGGCUUUGACAUUUCUCCUCGAAGACUCUGGUGGCACGAAUUGACCGCAUCACAACGUCAACAGGCCGAUGCACACAACUCCUUCGUGAAUGGAAGAUUAAAGACAAGCCACAGCAGUGCGGCUGUGGCCACGCAACCCAAACUGUGGACCAUGUCAGCCCAAUGUCGUCUGCGCUCCUCCAAUGUAGGAAGAGCAGCAGAACGACACAAACUCUCUCCUGAAGCCUUCUCACUGCUGGCAGACCUCAACAUUGGCAUUUAUCUCCUGAACAUAUUGCCAAAUGCAAGAAGAAAAUAACGACAAUUUAUCGGAGGCACGUAACAACAGUCUUUAAAACUUGGCAAAUGUCAUGUCAAGUUAAUUAACGUCUUGGAAU